AUGUCCUACUUCCGCAUCACCCUCCUGCGCUCCGCAAUUGGACUGCCGCGCCGGUCAACAGAUGUCCUCAAAGCUCUUGGCCUGAAGAAGCGCAUGGCAACAGUUUUCCACAGAGUCUCGCCCUCCGUCGCGGGUCAAAUCAUGAAAGUCAAGGAACUCGUUCAGGUCGAGGAGUGCCAGUACAGUCUUACAAAGCAGGAGGUGCAUCUUGAACGCAAGCCUGAUCCGGGAUACUACACUGAGAAGAGCAUCUCUGAUCAACGAAACGAGCUGUGA